CCUCUCGGUGACAUUGAACACACCCGCAGGACCGUAAACCCGGAGGCCCUGCUGGCGGCCAUGGGGAGCCUCCGCGGCCUGCACCUGGUGGCGGGAAGCUGUUUGAAGUUACAUGGAAGAGAUGCUUCCUCAUCACUAAGGCUUGCCAGAAUCUCUGACUUGAAGAGAAUAAACGGAUUUUGCACCAAACCACAAGAAAGUCCCAAAGCUCCUCCGACCUCCACAUACAGGCAUAGAGUACCACUGCACAAGCCUACAGACUGGGAAAAGAAGAUACUGAUAUGGGCAGGUCGCUUCAAAAAGGAAGAGGAAAUCCCAGAGACUAUCUCGUUUGAGAUGCUUGAUGCUGCUAAGAACAAGAUGCGGGUGAAGGUCAGCUAUGUAAUGAUGGCCCUGACUGUGGUGGGAUGCAUCUUCAUGGUUAUUGAAGGCAAGAAGGCCGCCAAAAGACACGAAACUUUAACAAGCCUGAACUUAGAAAAGAAAGCUCGUCUGAGAGAGGAAGCAGCUCUGAAGGCCAAAACUGAGUAGCAGAGGUAACCAGUUUAUUGAAUUUCCAAAGUUCUGGAUAAUAUUGGUGCAUCAAGCUCGCUUUAUAAAGAAUAUGGUACAAGGAUCCACUUCAUGGAAAUACAGUUUGCACAACCUUAUACUACUUUAUUUCUGCUCUUUAGGUACAAAUAAAUAUUCUUAAAGAAA